AUCGGGAGGUGCCACCUGCAAAAGACUUCGGAAGCAGCAUGCCCCCGAGAGGUUUCUUCAGCCGCCAUACGUGCUCACAAAACGCUCUAGCAAACGAGCAAGGACGGAGAGCGCUAAAGGGAGCAGAGGGUGAAACGUUUGAUCUCUUCUCGGAAGUCCUGACAACACACGGGUGGGCGGAGAUGCUGCAAUUUCCACUUGAGUGUGCGGCCGCCCAGGGCAAUGUGGCCCUCACACAAAAAUUGCUGAGAGCGGGUGCCGACAUGGGGAGUGCGCUUCAUGCAGCCGUUCGGUACGGCCAUGCAGAGGUCGUGACAAACCUUCUAGAGCAUGGGGCAUGUGUCAGCAUCAAGGAUACGCGCGGCAGUACCCCUCUCCAAGUUGCUGCCGUAUUUGGGUACACGGAGAUUAUCCAGUCGUUGUUACGGAAGGGGGCCAAUAAAGACCUUCUGAAUGCGCAGGAGUGUACGCCGCUGUAUGGUGCGUUGUUAUUUGGUCACCUCACUUCUGCACGAGCUCUCAUGGCGGCUGGUGCCGACGUCAACGUGCGAUGCGGUCUAUUAAAGAGGACGGUGCUGAGCCUGGCAGCUGAAAAGGGCCAUGUGGACAUCUUGAGAGCGCUUGUCAAGCAUGGAGCGGACGUGACGGCUGUUGACAAUGACCGAGAUACGGCCCUUCACGUUGCGGCACAGUUUAAUCGAGCGGAGGUGAUCGAUGCGCUCGUCGACAUGGGGACCAACAUCGAAGCAUCUAAUCGAAUCGGCUGUACACCUCUGCAUCUUGCUUGUCACAUGCUUCGUGACCAAGCCGUGGUUGCUCUCUCGAAGCGUGGUGCGAAUAUCAACGCCCGCGACGAUGUCGACCAAACACCGCUGCACCAUGUAUCAUCUGUCGCUGGUGAAGCACGAGGAACCUCGGCGGUCGUAGACCUGUUGCUGAGGUUAGGCGCAGACGAGACAAUCGUAGACAAGAGGAAGACAAACGCGGCGGGAUUGCUCAAUAAACUUUUGUGGCCUUGCUUGUACCCAGGGGAUGCUGAACGGUGCCGCCGAGGCUGGACAGCAGCAGCACGCUUGUCGACGCAGCACGGACGACUCACAACGGUGCCAAGCUCCCAAGGUUAG